UUUUUCCCCACUUUUGUCCUUCAACUAUGAACAUCAUGAGACAUCGAACUUAUUUAGAACGUAUUAUUCACAGCAUUUAGACAAAUAGUUCGUCGUAAAGAAAGGACUGGGCAUAAGUUUCAAACAGAGUGAUACAUAAUAGGAUAAUUUUAUAUGAAAUACAAGUUCAUGUAUUGUAGUCUUAUGGAGAAACAAUCUUCAUAAAUCAAAAAAGUGAAGUGUCAAUGGAAAAACAUAGUGUUGGUUUAAAAUUUUGAAAUAAACCAAACGGAGAGAUAACUACAAUGCCGCUCUGUGGGUUGAAAAAGUCAAAACAGCAGAAGAGGGAUUCGAGUCCGCCGUUCGAAAGAAAACCACCUGACCCAGAGGAAGAAAGACUACAUAGACAGAUAACAGAAUUCGAAAAAGAAAACGAGUCCUUACGAAAAGAGCUAGAGAAUAAGGAUGGGGAAUUAUCAAUGCUACGACGAGAGAAUAAAGACUUGAGGAGCAAGCUUGACGUUCUUAAAAAUGAAGCUGAGGAAGCUAAAUCCGCGAGAGAUGAAGCUUUGGUCAAGAAGGAAGAGGAGGUUCAGAAAGGAGAUAACGACACUGGAAAUACUAAAUUGGAAGGAAAAGAAAAACAGGAUCUUGAAGCAGAGAGAGACGCCUAGGAUCCAUGCAAAAAAAAAGAAGCUAACAAAUCACCGGAAAUAGUCCUUUACGAGUUUAAAGCUUAAAGCAAUACACUUGGAACAUGUAGUCCAUAGUGUCAAAAACAAAUUAUUACUAACUUAUAUAAUUUUCUUAUUUUAAAUUGGGUAGUGUAUGUUUUCAAAUGACAUUUGCGCUCAGUACCUAAUGGGCACACAUUAUCAAAUGAUCUCAAUUAACAAAGUUAAACAAAAUUACUCCAGAAUUACCAUUUUGUCUAGUAAAGGGUCUUUGAAAUAAAUACACUUAUAUUUUUUAUAAAAUUCGUUGGCAGUGAACUUGCGAGUGAUUGGACCGUGCAUAUUAUUUUUCGAAGCAACAAAAUGAAUUUGUUUCAUUCGAUAUUGAAUUAAUUGUCUUGGGCUUUCUCUGCAUUUAAUUAUGAGAAAAGACAUCUGUAUUCAUACUAUGCCUUUGUUAAAAGACCACCCCAUUACGAUGGACUUAUUGAUAUAACCAAUGUAAAUAUUCUCGUAAGACAUACACAAAUUGCGAGUCCACUGGGUACCAGGAAACAUCUACUAUAUUGAUAAGCCAUUUACAUCCCAACUAAAUUACUCUUUUGUCAUAGAUCCUAAUAUUUGAAAUCAGUUUGUGUUUGUCAGGAUGUCCGAGUUCAAAAGACCAAAAAGAAGCAUUAUUUAAAACGCGCCUUCUUAUAUAAAACCAAUGUCGUGUUGUCGUUUUAGAAUUAAAAAAUAUAUUAAAAUAUGCGUGGCUCUUGACUUUAAUAAGAUCAAAUGUUAUCGAAGGUGCUAGUUUAAAGCACUCAUACGAUUGGAAAACAGCGCAAACGUGAACGAGUUUGU